AUGACUGAAUUCGAGAAUGCGGCGCCCCCGCACGCCACCUACGACACCGUCCUUGUCCUGGACAUGGGAUCUCAAACCAGUCAUCUCAUCCUGAGACGUCUGCGAUCCCUGGGUGUCUACUCUGAGAUGCUUCCUUGCACUCAGAAGAUUGGAGAACUGGGCUGGAAGCCUGUUGGUGUUAUUCUUAGCGGUGGUCCCUCAAGCGUUUAUGCCGAGGACUCCCCCGGAGUGGACCCCGCCGUUUUCGAGCUUGGUGUUCCCGUCUUGGGAGUCUGCUAUGGUAACCAGCUGAUUGCCUGGCGAGCAAACCCCAAGAGUGUGGCUCCUGGUGUCAACCGCGAGUACGGUGAGACUCAGAUGGCCAUCCACAAGGUCAACGGCCAUGGUGAUCGUCUCUUCGAGGGUCUGGGUGACUCCUUGAACGUUGUCAUGAGCCACUUCGACAAGGUUGUUCAGCUGCCCGAUGGCUUCCAGAUCAUUGCCACCACCAAGAACAGUGAGUUCGCUGGUAUCGCCCACGAGACUCAGCCUAUCUUCGGUAUCCAGUUCCACCCUGAGAUCUCUCACACCGAGAAGGGAACUGACAUCAUCAACAACUUUGCUACCAAGAUCUGCGGUGCCAAGGCUGACUGGAAGAUGGACGACUUCUCCACUCGCGAGAUCACUCGCAUUCGCCAGCUCGUUGGCGAGAACGCACAGGUUAUUGGCGCCGUCAGUGGCGGAGUUGACAGCACCGUCGCUGCUAAGCUCAUGAAGGAGGCCAUCGGUGAUCGAUUCCAUGCUAUCUUGGUUGACCAAGGUCUCAUGCGUCUCAACGAGUGUGAGCAGGUCAAGGAGACCCUGGAGAAGCAUCUGGGCAUCAACCUCACCGUUGUUGACGGAUCCGAGCUUUUCCUCAGCCGUCUUGCAGGUGUCACUGAGCCUGAGGCCAAGCGAAAGAUCAUCGGAGGAAGUUUCAUCGACCUCUUCGAGAUCGAGGCUCUCCGCAUCGAGAAGGAGGCCGAGAACACACCCCGUGCUGGAAAGGUCGAGUGGUUCCUCCAGGGAACACUGUACGCCGAUAUUGUCGAAAGCUUGAGUUUCAAGGGAGCUGCCAGCUCUACCAUCAAGUCUCACCACAACGCUGGAGGUCUUCCCGCCCGUAUGCAAAACGGCGAGGCCCAGCUCAAGCUCCUCGAGCCCCUCCGAGAACUCUUCAAGGAUGAGGUUCGAGCUUUCGGACGUCAACUGGGUAUCCACGAGGAGCUCAUUGGCCGCCACCCCUUCCCCGGACCUGGUCUGGGAAUUAGAAUCAUCGGCGAGGUCACCCCCGAGCGCGUCGAGAUUGUCCGCAAGGCCGAUCACAUCUUCAUUUCCAUGAUCCGAGAGGCCGGUAUCUACGACGAGGUCACCCAGGCCUACGCUGCUCUUGACACAAACCGAGCUGUCGGUGUCCAGGGAGAUGCCCGUGUCUACGGCUACAUCUGCAUUCUCCGAGCCGUCACCAGCUUGGACAUGAUGAGUGCCGAGCCCUACGAGUUCAAGUGGAGCCUCAUCAAGGCUAUCAGCAGGAGGAUCGUGAACGAGGUUGACGGCAUUGCCAGAGUGGUUUACGACACCACUGCCAAGCCUCCUGGUACCAUUGAGUUGGAGUAA